GAAACAUAGAGAGAGAGAGAGAGAGAGAGAGAGAGAGAGAGAGAGAGAGAGAGAGAGACACAAGAAAGGGGAGAGAAGGAGAAAGAAUUCAGGGGAAGACAAGGACAUCAUGGUUUCAAUCACGGAGACUCAGAAGAUUGGUGUUGGUCUCACAGGCUUUGGCCUCUUCUUCCUGCUCUUUGGCGUGCUGCUGUACUUUGACUCUGUCUUGCUGGCGUUUGGGAAUGUUCUGUUUCUGACUGGUCUGACGUUCAUCAUUGGCCUGAGAAGGUCGGCCGGUUUCUUCUUCCAGAGACAGAAGCUCAGAGGCUCCACCUUCUUCCUGGGGGGCGUGGCCUUGGUGCUGUUCCGCUGGCCAAUCAUCGGUAUGGCCGUGGAGAGCUAUGGCUUCGUGCUCCUGUUCAGGUCAUUCUUCCCUGUGGCGUGUGGAUUCAUUUUAUCGUUGGUGAAUAUACCCUAUCUCAAUGUGUUGUACAACAGCUUCCUAGGAAGUAGCCCUUCUAUUGUCUGAGAAAAGGGCGAGAGAGAAGCCAAAAAAGAAGAGAGGAGGAAUAGAAGUGAUGGAUGA